GGUGUUUACUGCCACUUCUUGUAGUGCUUGUCAAGAAGAGGAUUAGCCACUGCAUAUGAUGGUGUUGGGGGAGAUUUUACCAAAUCUUUAGCUCUUUUCUGAAUCGAUUUCUUCGUUUCGUUUUCUGCUUGCCUCCUCGUCUCUCAAUCGUUUUGAAGCUUGCGGGGUUAUCUGAACAUGGGAAACAAUUCAAACAAACCUGUCAAGGAAGAAAGAAGAGAUGAUGAGAUUCUAUUAAAGAUAGUGCCUCCUUUGGACUGUGCAUAUGUUCGGUGGCUGGCUCGGGAUAUUGAGAGGAUUGAGCGCUUUACACCACGAAACCCUCGUUCGGUGAAGCCUCCGGAUCAUUACAUCGAGUUUAUGCGCUUGAAUGGAUGGUUGGAUGUGGAUUUGGAUGAUCCUGAUCUGGCCCAUCUGCUUAAGUAGACUAAUGCGUGGUUUUAAAGAAGUCAUGGAAAUUCUGUUGGUAUCUAUAUUUGUAUUGUAUAUUAAAAGUUCUGUUUAAGAGCUACAUGGACUACUCUUUGGCAGGGGUUAAAUUAUAAUAAUACUGCCAGGGAGUUGCAUAAACGUUUUCUGGUUAUGUUCAGUCAUACUACUUUAUUAACCAUCAUUUGUCAUGACUGA